CGCCGCUAUAUUCCACCUCCAGCGCUUUUCUGCCGCCUGCUGCGGCGGAGGAUGAGAGCCUGGGGAGAGACGCAGCCAGCAGGAGAGCGAAAAGCAUCAAAAGUUAUGCAGGGGCACAUUCGUCAUUUCACCUCAGCGUCACUAACAACCAAAGCUUAUUCAUCAGAGCGACUGUCCAAGCGGCGCCGAACCCGAACCCUCGUCAUCACUCUCACCUUCUUCUUCUCCUUCUCACUCAUACUUUCAUUCAUACGUAAGCUGCCUCAGAAGUGCCGCCGUUCGGUUUGCAUCGAUUUCUCAAUCGGCUUCCAAUCUACGCAACUUCCUGAACUCCAGAGAGGCGUUUUUUCAUCGCCGGCGGUGGUUUACACUUGAUUCCGAUGGUUUCAGGUUCAGUGUAGGUGGACAGAUACCCACUCCCAUGUCGUCGCCGCCGUCUACUUCUUCAAAAAGAAAACACUCCGACGAAGGAGGCUCAGACGCCGACGGCGGAUUUCCCUUCAAAAUGUGGAAGGAUGAUACACCGUCUUCUUCCUCUUCGUCGAAUUCCGUCUUUUCGUUAUUUGCCGCCCACAAAUAUUCCCAUUUCAGCGUCGGCCGGAUUCAAUUCUUCGUCCGGAUGCUCUCCGGCCAUACUAUUGUUCUCCAAGCAUCUCCGGGGGACACAAUUCAGUCUAUUCACGAGAGAAUUACAGAAAUGACAGGUAUUCCCCUGAUGCAACAGAGAUUGAUUUAUGGGAGGAAGCAGUUGCAGUUGGAUCAAACGAUAGCGGAGUGUCAAAUCCAGAAGGAUGCUAGCUUACACUUCGUUGGCAGAAUGCGGAGCAUAUUGUACCCCAAGGCAUGGAAACUUGUAAAUGAGCUCGUUUGUCUGACAUUGCAUUUUAGCAGGAACUAUUCUGUGGGGGCACGACCUUCUCUUACAUCAAUUAUGUGGGAAUUUUUGGCAAUGAAAUUAAGAAAUCCAGAAGAAUGUUCCCAUGAAGAAUCAGAGCAGCAAUCAGAGCAGGACCACUUUGAUUACCUGCAAGUCUUCAUUGCCCUGGCUGCCCCCGAAGCUCUAGUAAUGCUUUACAUGUCUUCUUAUCUUCCUAACAAGGAAGCAGCUCAAGAGGCCAUUAAAAUCUUUGUCGAAGAAGGUAUUGCUGAGUUUCCUAAGGCAGCGUAUAUUCAUUUUGUACCGAUAAUAUUGGAAUUUUGUAGGUUGUUGAGUAAGACAGCGGGAAUCUAUGAUCGACUGUAUGGAUGCUGUCGAAGCACUUUGGCAUCGGUUCUGGUAUAUUAUGAGCCCGAAAGAACGAAGGCUUCAAUUGGUCUUGAGGAUAUAAUUCCAUUUGUCAGUGAUUUAGCUGUCAAGUUUAGCAAAGAUUUUCGGUCAAAUGCGGAGUCACCGUCCUUACAUGGUCCGUUAGAGAAUGAAGUGAAGGAUUUUUCUAAAUUUUUGUCAUAUGUUAAAAGAGAAAUUAACUACAGUGGCGUUCAUCUCCCAGUGGAAGUUUCUCUGCCAGGGCUUGAUAGAAAACCAUCUCGCAAUGCAAAAGAGAUUACUACUUUGCAUUGUCUUUUUGUUGAUUUAUUGAGCAACUUAAAGAAGUGUAUGAUGAAAAUUGAGGAGCAGGUCGCCUCAAAAACGAGGCAAGGUAAGGUGAUCCUUCCAGGCGGAUCGGUCCAGUUUCCUGCUAUUUUGAAAGAACUUCAUGAGCUUUCAAAACUUUUUUGUGGUUGCAAUACGAUGUUUUGGACGGCUGUGAAGCAGACUAAGCAAGCUUUAUGCUAUCUUGUUGUCAACUAUGGAAAGAAAGAAAGUUGUUGGUGGAUUACCCAUGAUAUGGGAGUAACCAAUUUCGAGGUAAGGAGGUUUUUAGCUAUGUCACUGCUUCCUGAAGUGAACGAUGAUUGUGAGGAGCUGCAAGAGAUGAUCAUCGAUCGUUCACACUUGUUGGAAGAAUCAUUCAAUUAUAUUUCAAAUGUAGAUGCUUCAUUUCUACAUGGGGCUAUAUUUAUGGAGUUCAAGGACGAGGAGGCCACUGGUCCUGGUGUUUUGCGGGAAUGGUUUUUCGUGGUAUGCCAGGCAAUCUUUAAUCCUAAAAAUGCACUCUUUGUGGCCUGCCCUGAUGAUCGUAAAAGGUUCUUUCCAAAUCCAGCAUCAAAGGUGCAUCCAUUGCACCUCGACUAUUUUGAAUUCUCUGGCAGGAUGGUUGCCUUAGCCCUGUUGCAUAGAGUACAAGUUGGGAUUGAACUCGACCGCGUGCUCUAUACACAAUUAGCUGGGCGUAAAAUCACUUUAGAAGAUAUAAAAGACGCAGAUCCCUACCUAUACCGGAGCUGUAAGCAAAUUCUGGAAAUGGACCCUACGGUUGUCGAUCAAGAUGUCUUAGGCCUUACUUUUAUCGACGAAAUUGAGGAGUUAGGUAAAAGGAAGAUAGUUCAGCUUUGCGAGAAUGGGGAAAACAUGGUUGUAAACAGCAAUAAUAGGGAGGCAUAUGUCGAUUGUCUUAUCGAACAACGCUUCGUCAAGUCUAUUGCUGACCAGGUAAAGCAUUUCGCUCAGGGUUUUGCGGAUGUUAUGUUAUCCGGAAAUCUCCGGCAAGUGUUCUUCCAAGUAUUGGAGCUACAAGACCUCGACUGGUUGCUGCACGGCAGCGGAGUGGAUAUCGACGUAGAUGAUUGGAAAGCUCACACCAAGUAUUCCGGCUUCACAGAAACUGAUGAUCAGAUAUCUUGGUUCUGGAAAGUAGUCGGGGAAAUGACAAUGGAGCAGAAAACCGCUCUUCUCUACUUCUGGACUUCAAUCAAAUACUUACCGAUUGAAGGUUUUGCUGGUUUGGAUUCACGAUUGCUUAUUCAUAAAUCUAACGGAUCUUGCGACCACCUGCCGACAUCGCACACUUGCUUUCUUCGGCUGUGUUUCCCGGCUUACCCUUCCUUAUCUGUGAUGCAAGACCGCCUUCGGUAUGUUACUUUGGACCAUGUGGGUUACAGUUUCGGUAGCUGGUGAAAGGCUGCGGAUGCGGGCGGACGGCGACGGAGACAGCUGCUGGUACAGUGAGGAGUGUAUAUCCUGUUGUUAUAGAUAGACAUAAUUUUCUAGCUGGGUUUAUGUUAGAGUUGUAAGGAUUUUAAUUGGUUUUUGGAUGAUUCAUAGGCCUCCUCUGCUAUGCUACCCUCAAACAAACCGUUUAUACUUAAACUAACUUAUUCCUCCAAUGAGAAGACUCAAAUUUCCCCUUAGAACUAUGGUCAAACAUUACUGGGAAGCUGAAUGAAAUGGGAUUGUGGGUUAAAUAUGAUGUUUUAUGAAAGAAAUGAAUGUUUGGUUGGAGG